AUGCCAGCCGUAGGCGAUUCAUCCACCACUUUUUCGAAGCCGCAGGCCCAACAAAGCAGCAGCGACAAUAACAGCGCGUUAAAACCGCCGGAAAAGCCUAGUCCAUCUCUAUCGAGAUUAUCAUCGACCGAGGAUUCAAUACCACAACAACAACAUCAACAUCAACAACGACGACCGCACCUCGCCUACUUGCGGACAGCAUGGUCAUCUCGUGAACUCAAGACCGGGUCAAAAACACUGGACGCUCAUGCCGAAGACCUUGGAGUACCACCCAUUGAGCUGCCCGAAUCAUCAGCAACAUUAAGCGGCAUUGAUCCAUUACAAAGUGAAGUGCAACGACUGUUACUCGCUACCAAAGUUGCAUGUCUUAUAGCACUUGGAGGGCAAUUUUACUAUCACUAUCAAGAAUCCUCUUCUUCUUCCUCAGCACUCCCAUUGGUCAUGAUUGCCGCGUGGACACUGAUGCUUUUCAUGGACUCUUCUGUCUUUGACGUCACCUGUGUCCAAAUUUUGACGGUCUUCACAUUAGCAGGCGUGUCGCUCAAUAUCUAUCUCGGGCAAAACAGCGAACUCCACAAUCUGAUGGCGUUUGUACUCGUAUCGACAGCCACGUGUCUUUCCAUUGUCGCGGGCCGUAUCGAUCUUGUCAGCAAACAGCAUCUCAAGGACGAGCGGAAACGAGCACAGGCAUUUGUCAAUGAAUCAGUACAAGGACUCAAGGACCAACGGUUAUCGUUCUUGUCUACGGUGUCACAAGAAGUUCAGGAUGCAGCCCUGAUGGUCAUCACCACCUUGGAGCAGUUUUCUCCGUCCAGCAUAUUGACAGAUACGCACGAGCUGCUGAGUGCCUGUUCGAUUGCAGUUCCUAUUGCCAGCAUUUCGGCCAUCAACACUACCAUCAAACAAGUGUGCUAUGUCAGCUCGCAUUUGCAACUCAUGGGUCGGUUAUUACGUCAAGCACCCAAUGACGAAACAGUCCAAAGUGAUAUACGGAUCGAGUUUGAUGUUGGUGACCUUGUGCAGAAUAUUGGUGAUGCGUUAGCGGCUAUGGCGGCUCGAUUGGAUGUCAAUUUGGUGAUUUAUCAUUCAGAGAAUGGAAUGCAUUAUACCAAUGUGCUCGGUGACGAAGGAGCUAUCCGACAUGGAUUACUUAAUCUUUUGCGAAACAUUCUCGAAGGAUGCACGCCUGGCGCUUGCAUCGAACUAGGGUUGAAUAUAGUGCCAGCAGAAACUCAGGGCAACAAGCUACUUGUGUCAUUUGAGAUCAUCCACUCUGUCUCGCCCGCGAUCCCCGAUGGCCUGAGCCCUGCCAUGCUGCCGAACGCAAAUCUCACGAUGCAGUUGCUGCAGUUUAUUGGCGGCAAAUUGGCAGUGAGCGAUGCAGGAAAGAACAAGACGCGGUUUGAGGUGACGAUCGAGAUGGACGCGGGCAGCGACGGUAGUCGUCGUUUACUGUUGCUGGAAGACUCGUCGUUGAAUCUGAUCAACAACAAGCAGCUUGCGAGCAUCAAGUUCUCCCACGAGCCAACACUAAAGGAUCUAUUCAAGUUUAUUGAAAGUCUCAAGGGAUUAAAGAUGGUGCUACAUGCUCGCGAGCGAAGUGUGUUUGCAAAACAUCUUACAAGUUGCUUGGCUGGUUGGAAUGCGGAUAUUAGCCAUGUGCCAGUAGUGCGGCAGGCUGCACUUGGUACGAUGGACAGUGACGAUGCUUCAAGCACGAGCGGCGAAGGAUCGUCGAUAGCGACCGCCGGAACUGGCAGUGUAGCAGCAACACCACAGCAAGAAAUGAAUCCGAUCACAACGCCCGAAUUAGCAGCAGCAGCAACAUCGUCACCAUCGUCACGCUCGACAACCAACAAAAAAGUACCUUCACCGGCGAUUGCAGAAGAACAAAUCCAUUCGAUCCCACCUGCCUUUGUACUGAUUGACGACGACGUCGAGACACUCGAACGCAAGAUCAGAGAGUUCCGUUCACAGCCGCCCGUGUCGGCCAAUACCCUCCAACAUCAUCAGCAUAUGCGACGACACAAGCACACCAAAUCAAGUGUCAACAAUAACAACAGCGGCAGCAAUAGUCCGCAGCCCAACUUCUUCCAUCAGGGCACGACAGCCAUCAUCCACUUUACGUCGCUCAACAAGUUUAAGCGGGUGCGCGAUACAUUGCAGAUGUUUUCAACCAUGUCCAAUAUGCCAUUUUCAAUGCCACGUUUAGUUGUUGUGCCCAAACCUGCAGGUCCGCGUCGGUUCUUGACAGCUUUGCAUACGGCAUGGAACAAUGCUGUGGUUGAACCUCACUUCAUCCCUAUUGCUACCUCACCCCUAAGUCCUUUACCACAAACCGUGUCGUUUGGGUCUGUCAUGCAACAGCAACGUGACUCGUUCACGCCACCUACACCUGGUAGUGCAUACAUCGGUACCCCGGGUGUUGUUGCUGGUGCCGCAGGACACGAGGUAGACAAGCGUCAUCAUCAUCAUUAUCAUCAUCGUGGUUCGCCCAUCGCUGGUGUUGAACAACCAGGAAGGCGGCGUCCUAACAGUGGGGUCUACAGUCCACCCCAAGUCUCUUCUUCUGCUGCAGAUGGAAUGGAUGGUGGCAACUACUUUUCCAUGGUUGGCAAUGGUGGUAGCUCGUCCAGUGCUUCCUCAAUAGCAGCAGCAGCAGCCACGAGACGUCGUUCACACACUGAACUUGCUUUGCAGCAACAAGCUGAGGAUAAACACACACACCAGCAACAGCAAUCAUCACCAGCAGCAACAGCAGGAGGAGGAGGAGAGGCUAUAAAUGCUGAUGGUGUCGUACCAACAACUGCGGCUGAUACUGUGGCAGCAUCGGCACUCUCAACGGCCGCUUUACCUGAAAUGACCAAUGGCGGUGUUGGCGAGCAGCAGCAACAGCCUUCGUCGUCGUCAAUGACUUCUCCUAUCGGUGGUGAUGCAAGCAAGGGAGGCGCGUCGACGACUGUCUCGGCCACGUCACCAUCGACCGCGCCGAACGAUACUACAAAUAACAGCACUACGCCAGAAAAGAAACCAUUGGUAUGGCGAAAGAUGAACUUCAAGUUCAACAAAAAGAAAAGGGCCUCUGCCUUUGCAAAUGUUGUCAGUCCACCCAUCAACGUGCUUAUUGUUGAAGGCAAGUAUCCUCCUUUGUAUAAACGACGUAACAACACGAUCAAUCAAGCCAUUCUGUCAACUUGGAUGAAAAAACACAAGAUCAAGUGCUCUGUUGCCAGUAACGGCCAAGAAGCUGUGGAGCGAUGGAAAGGAGGCGGCUUUCACCUUGUGCUGCUGCCAGUCAUGAAUGGUAUUGAUGCAACCAAGACGAUCCGUGCCAUUGAAAAGGAGCAACGCAUUGGUGUGUUGCCCACAACCUCGCCCACACCCUCGGGAUCCACCUCCUCAGCUGCAGCAGUAGCAGCAGCCAUGAUGGAUAAUACGUCCACGACCACUGAAUCAUUGACAGCAGCAGCAUCUGCAGCCGCUGCUGCUACACAAGAAGAACCACCACCGUCAACCUUCCGUUCGCCUGUGAUCAUUGUGGCAUUGACGGCUUCUUCGUUGGAAUCAGAUCGACACGCUGCGCUGGCGGCAGGAUGCAAUGAUUUCCUGACGAAACCUGUCAGUUUGGAGUGGUUGGAAAAGAAAAUUAUCGAGUGGGGCUGUAUGCAGGCACUUAUUGAUUUUGAGGGCUGGAGACGGUGGAAGCGAUCGGCAACCGACAAACCAGCACUCAAAUCUGGUACUACUAGUACUACUACUACGUCUCAGCAAAAAGAGCCAGCAUCAACGACGCCUAAUAGCAGUGGAAACCAAGCGACGAAGAACAGGAAUGAUGAGGAGGCGACAAAAGCAGUAUCGAUACCACCCACGGUGGAAGAGGAGGAGGCCACUGGCAGCACUAACAACGAUACAAAGGCAGAACCACAACAAUCCCCCUCGGCAACGACCAGGAACAAGGGCAUCGUUCUUCCUGGCGCAGCUGGAUUUUCCAAAAGGCGUUUCUCGACGUUUGACGAAAAGCAAUCGUCGCGUGGCAAGAGCAUAUUGCUCAUGUCCAAGAGUGGAUCUGAUUCAGACCUUUUACCGGGACGCCCCCACGGUGAUAAGGAUCGACGGAACAACAACAUCCAACAACAACAACGACCCACUACCCACAAAUAG